GGCUCUUUCAAACUAUCAUCAUCAUCAUCAUCAUGUGUUGCCAAAGUCUUCUUUUGGUCCAAAAAAUCUCAGAGCUUUACCACAAGAUCUCCACUCUUGAGAGCCUCAAACCCUCUAAACAUGUCAACUCCCUCUUCUCUCAACUUGUACUCCUCAUUUGCACUCCCCCGAUGGCCUCCUCUUCUCCCUCGUCCAUCGACGUCUCGUCGCUCUGCUCCUCCAUCCAAACCAUGAGAUCCAAUCUCAUCAAGCUCUGCGGCGAGGCCGAGUCCCUUCUCGAGCAUCACUACUCCACCAUUUUAUCUUCCCACCAAAACCCUCUCGACCAUCUCUCCCUUUUCCCUUAUUACUCCAACUACCUCAAACUAACUCACUUAGAAUUCUCCAUUUUGAACCACCACAUUACGCCGCCUCCCUCUAAAGUGGCAUUUGUUGGCUCCGGUGCACUUCCCUUCUCGUCUAUCAUCAUGGCCUUGAAGUACCUCCCGAAAACCGAGUUUCACAACUUCGAUCUCGACCCAUCUGCCAAUGCCAAAGCAUCGAUGCUGGUAGCAGGCGACGUGGAGCUGUCGAGGCGAAUGGUGUUCCACACGACCGACAUCAUGGAGGUUGGGUCGGAAGAGUUGAGGGAGUUCGAGGUGGUGUUUUUGGCGGCGUUGGUGGGAAUGGAGAGAGAAGAGAAGGCGAAGGUGAUCGAGCAUUUAAGGAAGAAUAUGAGGGGUGGGGCGUUGUUGAUGUUGAGGAGCGCAUAUGGUGCACGGGCCUUUCUUUAUCCGGUGGUGGAAGCUUGUGAUCUUCGGGGGUUCGAGAUUCUUACGGUGUUUCAUCCAACGGAUGAAGUUAUUAAUUCGAUUGUGUUGGCACGAUUAUAA